AUGAAGAUCCUUACUAAAGAACAAGAAGAAGCUCACUACAGCUCUGUCCUCAAAGGUGGCACAGUUGGCGGCCUCCUUGGUCUCGCCGGCGGCUUCGCAGGUGUUCUACUUGCCUCACGCCGUUACCACACAAUCCGCAACCUAACAGUGCCGAUGAAAGCCUUCCUGGUAACUUCUUCCGGUACCUUCACGGGUAUUAUCGCCGCCGAUCACGCCUCGCGCGAGUACGAGAACGAGCAAAAUGCCGCCUACCAAUGGUACGAGAAUCGCGAAGAGCGUCUCCGUGCCGAGGAGACUCGCGGACUCAGCUUCACCGAUCGCGCUGCCGCCUUUGCCCGUCGCGAGAAGUAUAAGAUCAUCACCGCCACCUGGGCUGCCUCCAUGGUUGGCUCGUUUGCGCUUGUCAGUCGCAUCCCCGGUCUCAGCGGCCAGCAGAAGCUUGUCCAGGCUCGUGUCUAUGCACAGGGUCUGACACUCGGUGUUCUGUGUGCUUCGGCUGCUUUUGAGAUCUCGGAUCAGCGUCGUGGUCGUGGCUUGCUGGACUCGAAGAAGAAGGCGGAUGCGGCUAAGGCCCAGGUCCAGGAUGUUGAUGAGGCGCCUGUUCGCCAUGGUGGUCAGGCUAAUGAAGGUGAUCUCUGGAAGGAUAUGGUUGCUGCCGAGGAGGAGCGCUUGAGCUCUAAGCACCAGUCUCUCUACGAGCAUCACGAGAAGCAGGAGUCGGAGUCCGAGGAGAGUGAUGAGGAGAAGAAGGAUCAGGACCCCAAGACCGAAAAGAAGGAGACAGAGUCCAAGAACAAGAAGAAGAGCUCCUAG